AUGACCUCUCUACGUCGUAUCCAGAAGGAACUUACGGACAUUACCAGUAGGCCGAUUGAGGGUCUGUCCGUGGAACCUGUGGAGGAUAACCUCUUUGAGUGGAAGUGCGCGAUCAAGGCUGCCUCAGACAGUCCAUACAAGAAUGGCACCUUCCACUUUUCCCUGUCCCUUCCCGAGAACUUCCCCUUCAAGGCGCCUUCGGUGACCUUCACCACGAAGAUCUAUCACCCCGGAAUUAACGAGGAGGGCCACAUCUGCGUUCCCGUCCUGCGCGAUCAGUGGAAGCCGAGCGUCACGCUAUCUUCAGUCCUGGCCGUCAUCCAAGAGAAGGUGAACAAUCCCAGUCCGGAUGACCCAUUCGAGCCCGACAUCGCUGCUCAAUUGAAGAACGACAAGACGAAGUUCCUGGCCACAGCCAAGGAGUGGACUAAGAAGUACGCCGUCGCCUGA